UUAUUUAGUUUAAAGUAUUUGAUUAACGGUUGAGGAGAAAUCAACAUCGGAAAAAUGACGGCGAAAACUGGCAAUAUGGAUGAUUUCAAUUUUUACUUGAAACUCUCGAAACCUCUGGUUCUCAAUCUCCCAAAUGCGAAAGAUCGAGCAAUGGCAGCUUUGUGGUUGAAGAAACUUGUCGAAUUAAAUUCUCGCCACACUCCGGAUUCUGCUGCGGACAAUAUUCACGUGGAAUACCUGAAGCUUUUACUGUUAGCGAUGCAGACUGAUCGACUUACUGGAAUUUUUGGAAAACCUCCACCUUCCGGUGACUUGGGCGACAUUGUACCUGGUAAACAUAAAGCUCAAGACAUGAUUUCCCUGGUGAAAACACGCACCAGCUCGCAACAGGGGGAUGAAACAGUAACGUACGGGCAUCCGCGCGUGAUGACUUCGAUAGGCGGUGAUUUGUGCGAGUACGUUUCGGUCCAGGAGAUUCCAAAUUUCGGGAUUCACGGUUAUUACGCUCUGUCGAACGAGCCUUUGUCGGAAUGGUCGAACAUUGGCAGACGGUCCGUUGAGUCCAAAGAGUCCGAUUGUUUCAAACAUGCUUCUGAAAAAGCUGAACGAAAAAAGGCAGCUGCUGCAAAGCAAACCCCGAUCGUCGCCGAAGAACAAAAUGAAACGGCAGCGGCUACUGUUGGCUCCGAUUCGACUGGAGUGGGACAAAUCUCAAGGAGAAAGCACGAAAGAACGAAACACAGUGAAAAAUCGUUACAAAAAAUCUUCCAGGCUCAGAGGAGCGAAAUUGCAGGCGUGGAAACUCGACCUUGUUGGGGCAGAAUUCGUUAUAUUGAUCGAUUGAUUGACGAAUCUCCUCACGUCGUAGCCGAUUUGGAUCUUUCCGAGGCUGAUGCAAUGCUGCAUCUUUAUCGCGAUACGAAGUUUCGGAAAUCGAAGCACCUUAGCAAAGCGGAAAAGGCAUCGAAGAUUUGUUCGAUAUCGUCCAGGCGAAGAAAUGUCGAAAAAAGAUUGGAUUUGCCACCUUGCGCGAUCAUUCCCGACGAAGAUGACUAUGAACGAUUUGCCGAGACUGAAACACCCGCAGGUUCUCGGACUUGCCUUCCAGCGAAUUUCGAAUCAGACGACUGCAGGAACAACGACGAAGAUGAAAUCAUUGAUUACGACAGAGCGCCUUACGAUUGUCCGGACGAUCAGUACGAAUCAGAACUUCUUGAAAGAACAGAAUACGCUACGUGGCCGGAUGGUGCUCACGAAUGCGAUUAUACGGACCAAUAUUCGGAAGGACUGGAAGAAUCGUAUUCCAACGUUUCUCAACCGAGUAUGGAAGCGAUGAAUCCGGAAAGUUUUCGCGACACGAAACUUCUCAUAUCAGACCCAGAAAGAAGAGCACCACCGUCGAGUGGCAAAGUUAAAGUUCCACGAAAAAAAAGACAUUCUUUAACGGAUGAAUCUUGGGAUCCACCGGGCCAUAGUACGAGUAUAACGAAACUAUAAUCGUUCUCUGGUUCGAUCAAAAAAUACUAUUAAAUUAUUCAGAAGUUUCAUUAAUAAUUAUCCAACGAGUAUGGAAUUUUAAUUUCCUUUCGAUGAAAAUUUGAACGAAAAAUUAUCGAAAUUCAAACCGUUUUCAUUUGGCGAACGUGCUUGUGGUAUUAUUUGAAAUUUGUACAAAUUUAUUGUAGAAUCCUAACGAUUAUCACAAUUUUAUGUGAAUUUAUGAAAAAUAUGAUAUGUUAUUUUUCGUUAAGUGAAAAUUCAGUCUCCCUAAUAUUACAGUCUAUAGCAGUCUAGUUUUGAGAUUCUGAGGCACCUUCGAGGUUUCUUAUAAUUGUACGAGUUAUCGAUUCAAAAUUGAAUUUCAAUUAAAAAGUUUGAGGACA